CCCCGCGGUCGCUUAAAGGCUCCUGCAACCACAGCCGUCGGGUCGCGGAGGCUUUCGCUUUGCCGCCGCGUCUGGGCGGUAGGAGGAGCGGACUGGGCAGCAGGCUUUCGGGACUGCAGGCUUCGGCGGCGCCGAGGGGCGCUCCUAGUGCAGCCUUCCCGGCUCGGGGCUUUCCUGCCGAGGCGCCCGUGUCCCCGGGCUCCUCGCCUCGGCCCCCAGCGGCCCCGAUGCCGAGGCAUGGAUAGAGCGGCGUUGCGCGCGGCAGCGAUGGGCGAGAAGAAGGAGGGCGGCGGCGGGGGCGCCGCGGCUGAUGGGGGCGCAGGGGCCGCCGCCAGCCGGGCGCUGCAGCAGUGCGGCCAGCUGCAGAAGCUCAUCGAUAUCUCCAUCGGCAGUCUGCGCGGGCUGCGCACCAAGUGCUCCGUGUCCAACGACCUCACGCAGCAGGAGAUCCGGACCCUAGAGGCAAAACUGGUGCGAUACAUCUGCAAGCAGAGGCAGAGCAAGCUGAGCGUGACCCCGAGCGACAGGACCCCCGAGCUCAACAGCUACCCGCGCUUCAGUGACUGGCUGUACAUCUUCAACGUGAGGCCCGAGGUGGUGCAGGAGAUACCCCAAGAGCUUACACUGGAUGCCCUGCUGGAGAUGGACGAGGCCAAAGCCAAGGAGAUGCUGCGGCGCUGGGGGGCCAGUGCUGAGGAGUGCAGCCGGCUACAGCAAGCCCUCACCUGCCUUCGGAAGGUGACUGGCCUGGGAGGGGAGCACAAAGAGGACUCUGGUUGGAGUUCGGCAGAUGCACGAGAAAGUAGCUCGGGGCCUUCCAUGGACAUGCUUUCCUCGCUGGGCAGAGCGGGUGCCAGCACUCAGGGACCCCGUUCCAUCUCCGUGUCUGCCCUGCCUGCCUCAGACUCUCCAGUCCCUGGCCUCAGCGAGGGCCUCUCGGACACCUGUAUCCCCUUGCACACCAGCGGCCGGCUGACCCCCCGGGCCCUGCACAGCUUCAUCACACCCCCUACCACACCCCAACUACGACGGCACGCCAAGCUGAAGCCACCCAGGACACCCCCACCGCCAAGCCGCAAGGUCUUCCAGCUGCUCCCCAACUUCCCCACACUUACGAGGAGCAAAUCCCACGAGUCCCAGCUUGGAAACCGAAUUGACGACGUUGCCUCAAUGAGGUUUGAACUCCCUCAUGGAUCCCCACAGCUGGUACGGAGGGAUAUCGGGCUCUCAGUGACACACAGGUUCUCCACAAAGUCAUGGUUGUCACAGGUGUGCAACGUGUGCCAGAAGAGCAUGAUGUUCGGCGUGAAGUGCAAACACUGCAGGUUAAAAUGCCAUAACAAAUGCACAAAGGAAGCUCCCGCCUGCAGAAUAUCCUUCCUCCCAUUAGCCAGGCUUCGGAGGACAGAGUCUGUCCCCUCAGAUAUCAACAACCCAGUGGACAGAGCAGCAGAGCCCCAUUUCGGGACCCUUCCCAAGGCCCUGACAAAGAAGGAGCACCCUCCAGCCAUGAACCUGGACUCCAGCAGCAACCCAUCCUCCACCACGUCCUCCACACCCUCAUCGCCGGCGCCUUUCCUGACCUCAUCUAACCCCUCCAGUGCCACCACGCCCCCCAACCCGUCACCUGGCCAGCGGGACAGCAGGUUCAGCUUCCCAGCUGCCUACUUCAUUCAUCAUAGACAGCAGUUUAUCUUCCCAGACAUCUCAGCCUGUCCUCAGGCAGCCCCACUGUCCAACACAGCCGACAGUACACGGCUUGACGACCAGCCCAAAACAGAUGUGCUGGAUGUUCAUGAAGCAGAGGCCGAGGAGCCUGAGGCUGGCAAAUCAGAGGCAGAAGAUGAUGAGGACGAGGUGGAUGACCUCCCUAGCUCCCGUCGGCCCUGGCGGGGCCCCAUCUCUCGAAAAGCCAGCCAGACCAGCGUGUACCUGCAAGAGUGGGACAUCCCCUUUGAACAGGUGGAACUGGGCGAGCCCAUCGGGCAGGGACGCUGGGGCCGGGUGCACCGAGGCCGUUGGCAUGGCGAGGUGGCCAUUCGGCUGCUGGAGAUGGACGGCCACAACCAGGACCACCUGAAGCUAUUCAAGAAAGAGGUGAUGAACUACCGGCAGACCCGGCAUGAGAACGUGGUGCUCUUCAUGGGGGCCUGCAUGAACCCGCCUCACCUGGCCAUUAUCACCAGCUUCUGCAAGGGGCGGACAUUGCAUUCAUUUGUGAGGGACCCCAAGACGUCUCUGGACAUCAACAAGACUAGGCAGAUCGCCCAGGAGAUCAUCAAGGGCAUGGGCUAUCUUCAUGCAAAAGGCAUCGUGCACAAGGACCUCAAGUCCAAGAAUGUCUUCUACGACAAUGGCAAGGUGGUCAUCACAGACUUCGGGCUCUUUGGGAUCUCGGGCGUGGUCCGAGAGGAACGGCGUGAGAACCAACUGAAAUUGUCGCAUGACUGGCUGUGCUACCUGGCCCCCGAGAUCGUACGAGAAAUGAUACCAGGGAGGGACGAGGACCAGCUGCCCUUCUCCAAAGCUGCCGAUGUCUACGCAUUUGGGACUGUGUGGUAUGAACUACAAGCAAGAGACUGGCCCUUUAAGCACCAGCCUGCCGAGGCCUUGAUCUGGCAGAUUGGAAGUGGGGAAGGAGUGAGGCGUGUCCUGGCAUCCGUCAGCCUGGGGAAGGAAGUCGGCGAGAUCCUGUCUGCCUGCUGGGCUUUCGAUCUGCAGGAGAGACCCAGCUUCAGCCUGCUGAUGGACAUGCUGGAGAAGCUGCCCAAGCUGAACCGGCGGCUCUCCCACCCUGGGCACUUUUGGAAGUCGGCUGAGUUGUAGACCUGGCUGUCUUGCAUGUCCUGGGGCUUGCUUUCUCCUAAUCACCGGCUCAGCUACGUGACUUCUGCUAAGACUCAAAAUGCCAGCGGGCACUAACCCAGGGGGAUGCCAUCUCUGCUGCUCCAGACUCCUCCUCCUUGUGCUCUAUUUAACAGCUUCCCUCCCCUCCACAUGGCCUGUGGGUGCCUGACUUUCAUCACUGCCAGGGGAGGAUGGCACUAACAGGGUGACCCCUCAAGGCGGAAGAACAGCUUUCAACCGCCUUCGUGGAUGAGAGGGUCUCCCCUCUCUUGUUCUCCUGAGAGUGGCUCUUGCUUGUGUUCCUCUGCUGCCUAGCCCUUACUAAGACCUUCACGAGCCCCUGCUGAGCACGCUCAGAGAAUGGGGAGGGGCAAGGUGACCCUGGGACUUUGUCCUGCAAAGGAUGUCACAGUUCACAGCUGCCCAGAGUCAGCACUGAGGUCACAGACCCUGACUGGAGUCCUCUCUCUCUCUUGAAGACAGGACAGGAUACACACACACACGCACACACACACACAAUCAGUUCAGAAAGGCUGGGUCCUUAGGAGCCACACUCAAAACUGUCAUAAACAAAGUGAUAUCUGCCACCAAAGCUUAGUAAUGGAGGCAGACCUACUGCCGCAUCUGUUAGGAGUUCAUGUCUAUCCCUGACCAGAUUUCUGUAAUUGGGCUCGGGAUUCUGCUCCAUAGUGGCCCCAGUAGACCCCACGUGAGCACCACUUCUAAAAGGAGUGUGUGACAUCGCUGGUCCUCAGGCCUGGCUCACCCAGUUCCACAUCCACAUGGGGCAGCCAGGGCGAAAACAACAGCUACCGCCAUGCUGCGUGCUGGGCAGUCAGGUGAACAAGGUAGGGAAUGUAGCCAAGGCCCAGGACUUAGGAAGGCCAGGAGCAGCUCUGCCAAGGCUGUGGACCAAGCAGUUUACCUUCACUCAGCUCCUCAGUGAAGCUUAGCCAGCGACAACCUUAACUCUGGACGAGACCAGCAGAGCCAUAACCCAUGUCUCUGCUCCUCUUCGCAGCAUGAACAGCAGCAAAGUCAUGCCCCGCUUUGAAAGGUUUGGCCUGGGGACCCUGGAGUCCAGUAGUCCAAAGAUGUAGCCAGCCACGCACGUUCCUGCAGAGAGUGACUUCCUCUCCGAAACAUGAUUAUGAAGCAUGCAAACCACCACCUCAAGGACUCAGAAGCAUUGCGCCCCAAGCUGCAGACUGAGAGCGUGACUCCUCCGUAAAGGACGUGCGUGCGUGCGUGCGUGCGUGCGUGCGUGCGUGCGUGCGUUACCGAGGUGUGUGGGGCUCAGGAUCACAGCCAUACACACAACUCCAGAUGAUACCACUACAGCCCUUGUUUACACAGAGGUUUCUGCCCGGCAAGCUUGGUGUUUUACAGUAGGUAAAGAUAAUCCUGCAGAAGGGUGCUGGCACUGUGGAGCAGCAGGAAUGUCCCCCUCACCCCCAUUCUGGAAGACCCUGCAGCAGUGAGGGGCCCAGGGUUGAGCCAGAUGGAAGAAAUGCUGCAUGGAUGUGGCUGUACUGGGAGAAGGGCAGGAGGUUUGCCUUAGCCUGUGCUUGGGUCCUGAACCAUACUAAGGAGCCACAGCCUGGGUUAGGAAUCUAUCUGGGAUUAUGGGGGUCAGAGUUCCUGGAGAGUUGGAUUCAGUUUCCGCUCUGAUCCAGGCUUGUUAUCCUGGGGGGAAAAAAAAAAGUCCAGACAGAAUCUCAGUGGCUUCUAGACUGAUCUGCUGGAUCUUAGCCUGGCUUCUACUGCAGGGAGAAUGGAAUAGCCACACAUCUGUGGAGAUAUCCACUUCUUAUCUGAGGCUUCCAGGUAGGCAUGAAGGCUAUGGAACUCAGCCUCUAUCAUUAGACACCCCCAGUGCCUCAUCGACCCCUCCCCCCAGAGCCAUUGGCUAGCCCAUCGGGUGUGUGUACAGUGAAUUCUUGGUUAGGGAGAACAGGGACAGUGGCAGCUGCAGCCUGCAGGGGCCCUAGCACCUUAAAACCCAUUGUCUGUCACACCAGAAGGUUCUAGACCUACCACCACUUCCCCUUCGCCAUCUCAUGGAAACCUUUUUAGCCCAUUCUGACCCCUGUGUGUGCUCUGAGCUCACAUCAGGUUCUGAGACCACCCAGGCACAUCAGUUAGGUAGGCUCUGAUCUGAGUUGGAGGGGCUGGACUGGGGCAAGUCAGGAGUGCUCCCCAGAAACCGUAGGCUACGGAGCAGGGUAGUCCUCGAGCAGAGGGUAGACAGCGUCAGACUUCACAACCAGAGGAGGGAAGAGUGGAGGUGGAGUGGAGGCAUGGUUGGAUUCAGACCCACGGGCCGAGUCCUGCCGUGGAGUGGCCAUGCAGCUCCCUCUCAGGUAAACUCACAGGAAAGACGCAGUUCUCAGAGCUUUCGAUAGCACCCAAGUCUGCUCCAGGUGUCUCUCUCUCUCUGAGAAGUUGUGGAAAUCCCCCUGCCCCAGCCCCCACCACAGUUGUUCAUGCUUAGGGAGAGCCAGAACAGUAGCAUCUUGACUCUGCCUCAGGGUAGGGAGAAAGCCAUGAGCCUCAGUUCAGCUCUGCAUGGGCUGCGCCCAGUCAUUUCUCCAUCCCUUCAGCUUUCCACAUUAGCCCUUGACGUGACCGCUCUACUCCAAAACCAAGUCAUGUGUGCCCACUGCCUCUGGCAGUCUCAUGCCAUCACCGUCCCAGAGGUCACAGUGCCUGAGGCUCUGGCCAGUCUCUCAUUGUGUGUUAAGAUAUCUGCCUCCCCUCAUGGUAGAACAGGAGCUAUCAGGCUGCCGGCUGAGUUAACCCUUUCGGUUAUCCCCUGACACCAAAUCACAGUGGGCAGCAGACAGCCCACUGACAGCAAGCCCAGGUCUUGCUUUGUACUGUGAACAUCACAGUUCAGAAAGCUUGGAGCCCUGCAUUGAAUGUGGUCUUGUGCAUGUGCUGGGGACCAGAUAGGAAUCGUCCGUGACCCCUGGCUUAAGGAGCUGGCUGUAUUCUGGGGGUCAGUAUGCUGGGGGCUGACAUCUGCCCACCCCGGCAUACUGAGAGUGGAGUUGUAGUGCGUGCUAGGGCCCUUCUCCUUGCUCUCCAAGUCCCGCCUCAGUUCAGCCCUUUCAUGUAAGAGAGUUCCCCACUAUGGUCCCCACUUCCUUUUCUACUUAAGUGACUGUGAAUUGAAGUUAGGAAAGCUUGCCUCCUGUGUCCUCACCUUGUCUCCUGGAAAGCCCAUGAAGGAUGACAGAUACUGUGAAUUCAGCCCGCAUAGCCACUGUGAAGGCAAUGAAAAAGGCUCAAGAGCCUGCCCACCUGAAGCGUGAGGCCCUUUCCCAGGCACCCUGGGUGCCCAGCCUCACCCCUAGGGAGGCCCUUACCCAUCAGAGUGGCAAGUAGUGAAUCCUAGCUAGUGCUGGGCCGCUCUCAUGUACCCAGUCAAAGCCCUCCGCCAUUGUCUUCUUGGUGCAGGCCGGGAGUAGCAGGCCUGUGUUGCUCUGUAGUGGCAGGGUGGGGUGGGACAGCCAUGCUGUGCUGCAGCACUGGCCAGAAUGACAUCUGCGUGCACACCUAUCGUCUUCUGCGGCCGUGAGGCAGACAUUUAUUUGCUUUUAUUUUGAAUGUGAUGUAAAAUUUGUACAGUAAAGGUUUUUUAUAUUUUCUAUCAAUUGCAUUUGUCUUCCAGAAAUGCUUUAAUUUAAAUUAAAAUGGUUAGUCUUGAUGAAUGUGUUACAUUGGGAUUUGUGCCACUGCUAAGAAUGAAUGUACCCUGUGGCUGAACCAGGCCUAGGGGUCUGGAGUUUGUGAAUAAAGUUUACCAAGGUGUCCCGA